AAAUUUGGACGACGAUAUGUUGAGUGAAAAAAAUUCCGAUGAUGAUACAUUAAGUGAAGAAAAUUUUGAUAAUGAUAACUUAAGUAAAGAAAAUUUGAAUGAUGAUAUAUUAAGUGAAGAGAAUUCUGAAGAUGAUGUGUCAAGAGAAGGUGAUAGUGUAUUUGGCAAAGAUAGUUCUGACGGUGAAAUUGUUGAUAAAUCAUUAAAUGCUGAGAAAAUGCUAUCUAAUAAUGGGGAAUUUACACCAUACUUUAAAAAUAUCACUAAGUAUUUAAAAAGUAAUUGGUUUGUAUUUGAGAAGCCCAAAAAUAUUGAGAAUGAUACAAAUGAAGAGUCAAUACUUUUAAAUUUAAACGUACAAUUGGAAUUAUUUUAUGAAGAUUUAGAAUAUUCAUAUCCAGCUUGGAAUAAUUCAUUAUUAUUCUUCGAGUAUGCAAGUUUUCUGAUUGAAGAAAGUGGUACUUCUAUUCAAUGCUAUUUACAUGUUGAAGACGUUGUCUUAAUUAAUUCUGACAAAGAAGAAGAAAGUUUCUCAAUUAUAUAUUCAAUAUUUUGUGAUCAAAAGGAUGAACAUAAUACUACCUUCAUUAUUAUUAAUUGGCUUGAAAACACAAACCAAACGAAGUUAGAUUGCCUGGUAUACAGGCUACAUACAACAAAUAAGUAG